CUUCAAAAUGGGCAUCACACAUAUCGUUAUGUUCCGAUUCAAACAGGGCCUUCCUGCCGAUACAAUUAAGGAUGCCUGUGAGCGUCUAGCUGCACUGAGUGAUAACUGUGUCCAACCCUCAUCCCAGAAGCCGUACAUCAAGUCAACGAUUGGUGGCGUGGACAACUCACCGGAAGGGAUUCAGGGCGGCAUCACCCACGCCUUUGUUAUGGAAUUUGAAAAUCCUAAAGAUAGAGAUUAUUAUGUGCACCAGGAUCCAGCACAUCUUGCAUUUGUGAAAAGUCUGGAUGGUCUUGUCGAGAAGGUGCAGGCGGUUGAUUUCACUGAUGGCGUGUUCUGAUGGCGAGGCUAGGUCUAUAGGAGAAUGUUGGGAAGUCUCAAACAACCAAUCCGCCCGGGUGGUCUAGUGGUAUGAUUCUCGCUUAGGGUCAACCCUAAAGCUUAGCAUGCGAGAGGUCCCGCGUUCGAUCCGCGGCUCGGGCCAUUCUUUUUUCUUCUGAGAUUUUUUGUCACCGUCUUUUUGUCUACUCCAUACCAUCCAUCCAUCUUCUAGCCAAUCGAG